UGUUUUGUUGCUGCUUGUUGCCAUUGCAGCAGUUUGUCUCUCAGCUCCAGUCCUAGAUAGAAGUGCAGCGCUGUUGGAUCACAUGACCAACGCUGCCACUGAGAGCCCAAGAUCUGAUGAACAGACUCAAGCUGCUGCUCCCGUGAGCCAAGAGACUCAAGAUGUUGCUGACAGCGGCGCGUCUGAUGAAGAUUCAGCGGCAACAGCUCAAGCCCAAGAUUCCCAGGACGAUUCUGCUAAAAGUGACGAGAAGUUAAUCACUGACAAUGACUCUGGGACGGACUCUGACUCUAAGACAGAGACUGACAAUGACUCUGAGGAAGACUUAAUAAAACCAGAUGAUAGCAUCAGCAAGGACGAUGACAGCCAGGAGGUGGGGGGGGAAGAGAUAGGGAGUGAGGAGCAAGCAGAGGAGAAGGAAGUGAAGGAAGAGGGAGAUACUUCUGAUGCUAAGACUGAUUCUGAGGACAAGUCUGAUGCUAAGACUGAUGCUAAGACAGAUUCUGAGGAGUCUGAUGCUAAGACAGAUUCUGAGGAGUCUGAUGCUAAGACAGAUUCUGAGGAGUCUGAUGCUAAGACUGAUGCUAAGACAGAUUCUGAGGAGUCUGAUGCUAAGACUGAUGCUAAGACUGAUUCUGAGGAGUCUGAUGCUAAGACCGAUGCUAAGUCUGAUUCUGAGGUCGAGUCUGAUUCUAAAACUGAUUCCGAGGACAAGUUUGAUGCCAAGACUGAUGCUAAGACUGAUUCUGAAGAGGAGUCUGAUGCUAAGACUGAUUCCAAGGAGGAGUCAGAUGCUAAGUCUGAUGCUAAGUCUGAUGCUGAGGACAAGUUUGAUGCUGAGACUGAUUCUGAGGAAGAGACUGAUGCUAAGACUGAUUCUGAGGACAAGUUUGAUGUCAAGACUGAUGCUAAGACUGAUUCUGAGGAAGAGUUUGAUGCCAAGACUGAUGCUAAGACUGAUUCUGAGGACGAGUUUGAUGUCAAGACUGAUGCUAAGACUGAUUCUGAGGAAGACUUUGAUACCCAGACUGAUUCUAAGACUGAUUCUGAGGAAGAGACAGAUUCUGAUGAUCAGGCUGACAUACUAAAACCAGAUGAUAGCAUUAGUAGCCAGACGGAGGGGGGUGAGGCAGGGAGUGAGGAACCAGCAGAGGAAGGGGAGGGUGAGGUAGAGGGAGCUGACUCAGAUGCUGACAUGUCAGAGGAGGAGGGGGAAGAUAAGGAGGAGAGAGGUAAAACAGAUCUUGAAAUGUUAGAUGAUGACAGCAUAACUCUGAGUGACAAAAACAGUCAGACUGAUGGUAAAAACAGCAAACCUGGUCCUGGACAUGAGGACACCAAUGGCACACAGGACUCUGAGGAGCUGAUUCAGGACGACUCUGAAAUCUCAGACACUGUGGAACCAAAGGAGAAGAGUCCAGAAACUCCCAUCUCCACUGAAGUGCCGUUUGCCGAUCAACCAGACACACCGGACGACUCCACCUCCACCACCGCAAAGGCCUUGAAUUAGCCGCUGACCUCUGACCUGUGGAAGCCUACUGCAGGUACAUCAACACUGCGUCUGUGUCUCAAACCUAAGAUAAUAACCCCCUAACCCUCUCCC